CAAGAGUUGGUUUUUGCCUCCUGCCGUCUGGUCCCCCUGUCUUUUCGUCCCUCGGUUCUUCUCUGUCGCGUAUUCGAGUUGAAACACAUGGCCACUCUAGCAGCCGCUGCGGCUCGCCGAGCAGCGUCUUUGAGCCGUAUUUCCUCUGCUAGAACUCCGAUUCAAACCGCCAAUCUAAUCCAAAGGCGUGGGCUGGCCGGAGCUGCGGAUCACCAUGGCCCCCCUAAAGUUAACUGCUGGCAAGAUCCAAUGAACCCAUCUAAAUGGAAGGAGGAACAUUUUGUAAUUGUUUCUUUGUCUGGCUGGGGCCUGCUCUUCUUUGGAGGAUACAAGUUCUUCACUAGAGGCAAGGGCAAGAAAGAAGAGGCAUUGGUGGAGGCACUAAAGUGAGGUCCGGAGAGUUUGUAAGAAUGCGUUUGCACUGGUUUUUCUCUUUGCCAUGUCUGAGACUUAGUCCUGUUUUGGAAAAUAAUUCUUUUGGCUAGCUAUUGGUCAAUCCUUGAAGAUAAAGAAUCUUGGGAGAUGAUAUUUUUCCAAGACUAUAUACCUAUUGGCCGUUUGUCAGUCACACUUGACUACUAGCCUACUAACCGCAUUUGCAAGUGAAUUACUACCUCCUAUCCUAAUUAUAAGGUCUUAUAAUUAGUAACGGAGGUAGUACUUUCAUUGAUCUAAAGUAUAAGAUGCAUUCCAAGGUAAGCUAGUUAUGGGAA